AUGCGGCGACCGUUCUUGCGAGGGAUUCCGCACGAGGAUACGGGAUCCGAUCCUGAGCUCGGUGAGGAGAAAGUCCCUGAUUGCGCUAGGCUCGAUGGUAUCCCUCAAAAGAUUGAGAUGCCGUGGAGAUCAUCGUCAAGAUCUCUGGCUCGGGAUGGUCGAUCGGGGAUGACCGAAGAUAUAGUCAUCGCUUUGCGGGAGAGGGUGGGAAUCAGUGACGCGGUCAAGAUUCUCGUUCCCUUACCUGACCAAAGGCCGAUGGACGCUCCACCUGGAUGGUUUUGCCUCUACGAAUGCUUCCUCACGGAGUUUGGAAUACGUUUUCCGGUCCUCCCGUUACUUCUCGAGUAUGCGUAUGAGCGGGGUGUAGCGUUGAGUCAGCUGACCCAUGGUGUAGUGCGGCAUAUGGUCUUCUCGGACCGCUCUGGCGAAGGCAGCCGGGAUGAAGCUAGACAGGGAGCUCUUUGA